AUGCCCGAGGAAAACAUUAGCGCCGUCCUCGGAAUKGACAAAGUCGCCGCAAUAAAAACUUAUCGCGCUGCAACAGAACAUUCGCUAAUGCGAGCCAACUUUCUCGUGACGGAUGAUCUAGCCGUCCUCCAAGCCUUUGUCCUAUUUCUCUCGCUGAGCAGCUUCACCGACGAGGCGAAGCUAGUCUGGCCGCUCACGGGCAUCGCGCAGCGCCUUCUAACCACAGACUUGACUAACCAUACCCCAGUCUGCGAGGAAAUCCGUCAUCGUCUUUACUGGCAGCUAUGGUACAUGGACAAACGGGCCGUCGAGGACCACGGCAAACGCGCAUUAGACACGACUCAGGAUACCGUUACCCUUCCGUGCAACAUCACCGACACAGAAUUAGAUUUAGGGCAUACAUCAUCAACUACGCAAAAUACAAAGUGGACGGAAGCGAGCUUCCUUCUCAUCCGGCUUGAUAUUGCUAGAACGCGCGCCUCACUCGCCGGUGCACAGUCACUCUUUGAGAAAGAACAGCUCAUCCAGCGCUGCCAUGGACGUAUAAAGUCACGGUAUCUGGCUUCCUGUGACGGCAGCCAGCCUAUCCAUUGGUUGGCGAAACACGUCAGUAGCGUUCUCAUCGCUGAGAUGUGGUUUGAGAUUCAUAGCGCGGCUUGUUCCUCUACGCUUGGUGCCAUGAUUUCCUCUCAGGGCACGCGAGCAAAACUCUUCUCCACAGCGGUCAGUAUCAUCGACAUCCCUCGCCGGGUUCAUGAAGAUCCCCAGGCGAAAGCGUGGAGCUGGUUGCUGAAGGGAUACCUUCAGUUCCAGCCUUUGUUGUUCGUGUCGGCGGAGCUUUCGUCGCGGCCAAUGGGUGAUUCGCUCAGUGUGCGGGCUUGGGAAGUAGCACAUACUGCGUUUGGCAGAUGGCCGGAGGAGACGAGGAGAACAAGACACGGAAAAGUGUUGGAUAGCUUGUUGAGCAAGUCGCAAGAGAGAUGGAGGGGAAUGCAGCAAGAGGCAGCGCUUGCUACGGCUUCCUUGUUGACUAUUCCUCUAGCAGAUGAGCCUGCUCAGGAAAGUGACAAAUGUCAAGUCGAGCUUGUCAAUAACAGCGAUUCAAUCAGCCUGAAAUAA